UCCCCCAUACUCCAUACACGGAAAUGGCUGAAUCUCCUUUCAGCAUGGGGGCAAAGCUGCCCCCUCCAUGACACCUGAGGCUCGACAAGGGGGUGCCAUGCAAGCCCCACGGCAGGCUGUCCUGCCCUCCAGCAGCCCCCUGCCGUGCCCCCUGCUGUCAGCAGCAGCCCAGCGAACUCCUGCCUGCGCUCACCCUCCGCAACAUCGGGAUCGAUGCUCUGCCGUUCGCUGGCAGGCCAUGCGCUGUCAACAGGGCGGGCUCCUGGGCUCCGUUGCUCCAGCCCUUUGGACCAGAGAGAAAGUCCACAAGGAGAUCCAAGAUGUUUUUGGUUCUUCCUGCUCUGUCUGCUAUGAAGAUAAAAGGAAACUGCCCUACACCAAUGCGGUCAUUCAUGAGAUCCUGCGCUCCAAAUAUCCCUUGUUUUUUGGGCUCCCAAGACAGAGUACCAAGGCUCUGAGCAUGAACGGCAUUCCCAUUCCCAAGGGGGCCCGUAUCAUUGCAGACCUGUGCUCUGUCCUUCACGAUCCCAAGUAUUGGGAGACGCCUCAUGAGUUCAACCCGAAUCAUUUUUUGGACAAGGAGUUUCUCUCAAAACACAGAAGGGAUACUGGGGAGGGACGGCGUCAUCAGAAGAAUCCAUGGGCCCGGGUGUGUGUGGGGGAGCAGCUGGCGCAGAUGGAGCUCUUUCUCUUCCUGACCAGCCUCCUGCGAGCGUUCCAGUUCCAGCUGCCAGAUGGCGUGGAGAAACUCAGCCAAGAACCUGUCAUGCAGUUUACCUGCCAUCCCAGGCCCUACAAAAUCCGGGCCAUUCCCCGCUGA